AUGCCCCAUAUCGAUCCUAUAUCCGUCGUAUCGAAGUUGGACGUGCUGCUCAAAGAGGACCCGGACCCUUCCAUUGAAAUGGCGGAGAUCUGGGCGGAGAGCCUAGGGGACGAUGUCUUUCCCGAACACAUACUCACAUAUGCGUUCCUUCGUCGAGCUUCCAGUCGGCAAGGCUCGAUAGAUGAGAAAUGGGUCGCAGGGCCUUCGGCUGAUAUACAUACUCCGAGUUUAGCACUAGCUGCCCCCGACAUCCUCGCUUCAGGGUCAUCGUCCGGCCCUAGCGACUAUCAAUCUGUACAGGGUUCGCCGUCAUCCCUCUGUCAGUCUCCGCUUCCGUCGUUACCGCUGCAUCAUCCAAGCGGCGACUCGACGGGGCACCUGACACCAGCGAUGAAUCCGUCGUCACUGCUCCUUAUUCCAAAGGUGGAAGAGGCCACGCUCGAGGGCGCCUCAAACGAGGCUGGAUCCCUGUCUCAGACCGUUCGUCUCUCUGGGCCUGUUCGCCCCUCUGGGCGUGCAGCCUCGCAUGCAACGUCGCCUCCCCAACAGCUUGUUAUCCUACCCGAGGAAUUGGCUCAAGGGCUCCGAGCCGCACCGCUUGAUUCGGUCUCUCGGGACGAUAGCGAGAUUCCGAAGACAUUCGCCGACUUCACCCGCUGGUUGCAACAGCUGAACGCCAGCGCCGGUAUAGGGACGCUGUCGUGA